AUGGGGCACAGCGAUGUUAAGUGCUGCGAGUCCAAUUUUUUCCUGUACGUUGCUAUAAUUGUGGGAUUGGUGGUUUUUGCUGGGCUCAUGGCUGGCCUCACACUUGGUCUCAUGUCUCUUGGUCUUGUCGACCUUGAAGUUCUUAGCAAAUCCGGACGCCCUAAAGAUCGUAUCCAUGCCGCUAAAAUUCUUCCCGUGGUUAAAAACCAACACCUUUUGCUCUGCACUCUAUUGAUUGGCAACUCUUUGGCUAUGGAGUCUCUUCCAAUAUUUUUGGACAAGCUUGUGCCUCCAUGGGCAGCAAUUCUAAUGUCUGUGACGCUUAUCCUCAUGUUUGGGGAGAUACUUCCACAAGCAAUCUGCACUCGUUAUGGAUUGACGGUUGGGGCAACAGUUGCACCCCUUGUUCAGCUUCUUCUUUGGAUAUUUUUUCCUGUUGCUUAUCCAAUCAGUAAGGUACUGGACUGGGUGCUUGGAAAAGGUCAUGCUGCCCUGUUACGAAGAGCAGAAUUAAAAACAUUAGUUGAUUUUCAUGGAAAUGAGGCCGGUAAGGGGGGAGAUUUGACUCAUGAUGAGACAACAAUAAUAGCUGGUGCGCUUGAGUUGACCGAAAAGACUGCAAGAGAUGCCAUGACCCCUAUAUCAAAGGCAUUUUCUCUUGAUCUUGAUGCCACACUUGAUUUGGAGACACUGAAUGCUAUAAUGACUAUGGGUCACAGCAGAAUACCUGUGUACUAUAAAGAUCCCACAAACAUUAUUGGUCUGAUAUUGGUUAAGAAUCUUUUAGCAGUUGACCCAGAUGAUUCAGUUCCUUUGAGGAAAAUGACUAUCAGAAAAAUUCCUCGGGUUUUGGAAAACAUUCCACUUUAUGAUAUACUAAAUGAAUUUCAGAAGGGUCAUAGCCACAUUGCUGUUGUGUAUAGAGAUCUAAACAAGACAAAAGGGAUGGCAAAGAAAACGGAAGAUAAGCAAAAUGCUGGGUUUAAGUCUGACUUGAAUGAUUCUAGCAAAAAAGAUGGAGAACAAGCAAUGAAGAGAAGUCCUCCACCUACUCCUGCUUUCAAGAAGAGACACCGAGGUUGUUCAUUUUGCAUUUUGGAUUUGGAGAACUCACCGAUUCCUGAGUUCCCUCCCAAUGAAGUAGUGCUCGGUGUAAUUACCAUGGAGGAUGUCAUUGAGGAGCUUCUUCAGGAGGAAAUAUUGGAUGAAACUGAUGAGUAUGUAAACAUUCACAACAGGAUAAGAAUCAACAUGAACGCUUCGCAGGAAAAGCUUCCUGAGCCAAGUGCCCUGGGAAUGUCUGGCACUGAAGUUUCAGAUUCUAAAACUCCACAAUGA